GGCAUCGUCGAGGUAUGCUCUCCUUCUUUAAGCUCGUGGACGAGCAGUCGUGGUCCACUUUGGAGGGGUCUUGGUUGGCGCCUUCCCAAAGAGGGAACAAUUACCCCCGCUAUAACCGUCCAUUUCGCGUUUUAGGUUUGUCAACAUGUUAGCAGAACUUCUUGUUUCGUGCACUACUUUAGCUCCCUGAUACAUGUUGGGUUGCUCGCUUCUCUUCCCACAACUUUGUCGUCAUGAUUUCGUAUGACGCCCAAUGUCACACUCGCAUUCUCAUCCAGGCAUUCCUGGCAUGGAAAUCCCUUCUGCUUCUCAUCGCCGUUUCUAGCGGCCUCGGCCCAGGAGCAUAUGAUACGUCAAGUACCCUGCUUUCACCUGAUGCAGUCUCGUUCAAGGAAUCGCCCUUCGACCUCGCGACGAGGCUGACGAGGUGGGAUGCCAUCUACUUUGUGCAAAAUGCCCGCCGCGGAUACGUUUUUGAGCAGGAAUGGGCGUUCGGCGGCGGCCUGCCAACUGUGAUAUCAGGGGUCGUGAAGUUGCUUGGGGCUGUUGGCAUCGGGAACACCGGCUCUUUAGAGUCCUGGAUCGGAGUCAGCAUUUCUCACGUGUCACAUCUUCUUUCCGUUUUGGUCCUGUACCAGCUCGGGCUGAAGGUCUUGAGAGAACCCCGACUGUCGUUCAUUGCGGCGCUGCUGCACGUCAUUUCGCCCGCCGGGCUCUUCCUCUCCGCCCCGUAUAAUGAGAGCGCCUUUGCGUUGCUGUCCUUCACUGGGUAUCUACUUUUCGCACAUGGCCUCGGAUCCCGCGGAACCCUUAACGAUCUAAGCAUCUUGGGCUCGGGAAUCGUGUUUGGUCUCGCUACCACAUUCCGCAGUAAUGGUCUCCUCAGCGGCAUCCCUUUCGCAGUUUACGCGAUCAUAGGAUUUGCAAACCUCGUGGAGGCCCCCAAUUUCUUGAACCUUCGCCGCUUAAUCGCCCUCGGCCUGGGUGGGCUGUCCGUUGCGCUGGGUUCAAUUGGCCCACAGGCAAUUGCUUACUUCAGGUUCUGCUCCGGCAGUUCCGCGUCGGAGCCAAGACCCUGGUGUGCGAAGCGCCUGCCAAGCAUAUACACUUUCGUGCAAGAGAGAUAUUGGGGUGUCGGCUUCCUCCGAUAUUGGACACCCGGAAACAUCCCGCUUUUCCUGCUUGCGGUCCCCAUGAUCUAUCUGAUGAUGAGGUCUGGAUUAGACAUUCUCACGAACAGAUUCGUCGGGAUCAGUACGAGUAAGUCCCAAAGUCUUGGUUCGAGUAGAAUCCUGCCGCCGGGACAAUCCUUCCUUCGUACCAUGGCUGCAUCCCAAGUCAUAUUGACAGCCUUGGCAAUCACAACCUACCACGUGCAAAUCAUCACAAGGAUCUCUUCCGCCUAUCCGGUAUGGUACUGGUGGCUUGCGCAGAACCUACAGGAGGGGACAAGAUUCGCAGAUGGCGCGGUGGUCUUCAUGGUUAUGUACGCUGCUAUACAAGGAGUGCUGUUUGCCUCCUUUCUGCCCCCAGCUUGAUCCGGCCGUAGGAACAAAUCUAACAAUCUUGUCGGGAUACACAAUGUGACACGGCCUCCAUUCCUUUCCGGUGUUAACUCUGACCAUCCGGAUGACGCCGACGAUGAUAGCAGGUUUCGAUUCUCGUUUCCUAACCAACGCAGCCAAUGUUCUGGGCGAACGCCUUUUUCCUCGCUUCGCCAGAAGAGGAAUAUAUUCCCAUGGGGUCGACCUUUCGUAAGAUUGAAAUGACGAACCCAGUUGGUGUCGCCAGCACCUGCGUCUUGUUGAUGGAUAAGAGGUCAAUAUCCCGAAACAUGGUCCCUUUAUUGUAUUAAAUUCCUAUGCUACUGCUGUCAUGGGUCAACUCCGUG